CUGUCAAAAUCAAACGACAAUUCAGCUGAGCGGGAUUUGUCGUUGUGAAUCUAUCAACAAACAAAGUCGUAUUGUGCGGCACACACUGUGAAAACAAUUGAUGUACAUAUUUUUGUCCAUUCCACAAAUUCGAUAGAAGAAACAUCGAAAAUGGCACAAAGUGAAGCAGGUAGAUCGGUGAAAACCGUUCCAAAUGAUGAAGCAGAUGAAGAAUUUGGACCACAAUUGAUCACAAAACUCGAGGUUAACGGAAUCACAAAUGGCGACAUUAAGAAAUUGCAAGCGGAGGGAUAUUAUACCGUUGAUUCACUGCUGUUUGUGCCGAAAAAGGCUUUGCUUGCAAUUAAAGGAUUUUCCGAAAUAAAAGUGGAAAAACUCUUGGCCGAAGCGGCCAAAUUCGUGCCAAUGGGAUUCUUUUCUGCGAAUGAAUUUCAUCAUAAGCGCUCUGAAAUCGUGUUCUUAACGACAGGUUCACGUGAACUGGACAAAUUACUAGGUGGUGGUAUUGAAACUGGUUCAAUCACAGAAAUGUUUGGUGAGUUUCGAACAGGGAAAACACAACUGUGUCACACACUGGCUGUAACAUGUCAACUGCCAAUCAGCCAAGGUGGUGGUGAAGGCAAAUGCCUGUACAUCGACACAGAAGGAACAUUCAGGCCCGAAAGAUUGUUAGCGGUUGCUGAACGUUUCAAACUGAAUCAAAACGAAGUGUUGGACAAUGUGGCUUGUGCUAGGGCAUAUAAUACAGAUCAUCAGACUGAACUUCUGAUCCAAGCAGCUGCAAUGAUGGCUGAGACGCGUUAUGCUUUGCUCAUCGUUGACAGUGCUACAGCUCUGUAUCGAACAGACUAUAACGGAAGAGGUGAACUGUCAGCUCGUCAGAUGCAUUUGGCACGUUUUCUGCGAAUGUUGCUUCGACUGUCAGACGAAUUCGGCGUUGCAAUAUUGAUAACGAAUCAGGUCGUAGCGACGGUGGAUUCAGGUGGUCCAAUGCAUCAAGCUGAUCCAAAGAAGCCAAUCGGUGGCAACAUCAUUGCGCACGCAUCGACGACACGGCUGUCUUUACGCAAAGGUCGAGGUGACUCGCGCAUUUGCAAAAUUUACGACUCGCCAUGUCUUCCGGAGUCUGAGGCCACGUUCUCCAUCAACACAGAUGGUAUUGGCGAUGAGAAGGAAUAGUAUCGGAACUCGAGACAGCUAGACCUUAUGAACCUCAUCAGCCUUAUUAGUAGAAUGACAAAUUUUUAAAUUUUAACAUAAACCGUUUAAGCGAGUAAAUUAAAAUAAAAACCACGGUAAUUUUAAACUUUGAAUAAGUCAAUAAACAUAUUCUUUAUUAUAUCUUUUGCAUUGACACAAAA